AAGGAGUAAGUUUUGCAGUCUAUCCAACUAGAAAACUUGAAGUGCCCUUAUUUAUACUGCAGUAGCAACCAGGAGCCUCAGUCCUGGAUCAAGACCACAGCACGCAAGGUGCUGUACAUUGUUUAGGUGAAUUACCGUAGCAUCCAGUACCCCAGUCAUGGAUCAGGACCCCAGCGUGCUAGGCGCUGUACAAACAGACCCCCCCCCCCCAAAAAAAAAGAAGAAAAAGACAGUCCUUGCCCCCAGAGUGAUUCCAAUCCAAGGGUAAGACGAGAUGACAGAUGGAUAGAAACAGACAGGGAAGCCCUCGGAAACAAGACUGGUCAGCAUGACGGGCGGCGCAUCAGCACAGCAGCUGCCUAGCUGGUGUCAAGGUUUCUACAGGCCUCAUGACAGAGGGGAGUUUUCAGAGCCCUAUUUGCCUCCCACCGCAGGGCUGUGGACAGUUCUUCAUGGUGUUACUGAACUCAAGCACCAAUGGAGAACACCAACGUUGCUCCUGAGGAAACGCCAGGCCGGAGAGCCGGCCAUUUCAGGCUGACCCACCCAGCCAGAUGCCAGGAUCCGAGGGGCACAGCAUCAAGCCCUUCAUCCAGAAACGCACACGCUAAUCCCUCCCCCACACCCCCAGUGGGUAAUACACGAAUCCCUCCCCCUACAACGACAGAGGACACCAACUGGGCUCUCAUGCGGCUUCAGACCUGUCUGGUGUGUCUGUAGCAAGGCGAUAGGUGCCUUAGGCCAUGUCUACACAAACUUCCAGUGGCACAGCUGGACCGAGACAACUGUGCUGCCGUAAGAUCACUUAGGUAGCUGCAUUAUGCCGACAGGAGAGAGCUCUCUCGUCGACAGAAUAAAACCAGCUAAGUCAGCGAGCGCUGUGCACCUGAGCUCUUAUGCGGGCAAAACUGGGGGAGGGUUUCCACACCACUGAGCGAUAAAACUUUUGCCAACGUUAAGCACUAGUGUAGACACGGCCUUAGAGUUUACAUGGCUCUGAGCAUUGGGCAGAUCUCUUCCAAUCUAAUGAGGUGUUUCUACAGCACCCAGGAAACAGCUGUGUCUUGAGGGUGGAGACACCAAGCCUGGAGAGGAAUGUUUAGGGUGGAGCUAGACUGAAAUUGAGCACAGUAUCAGGGUACAGUCGUCCCUAGGGAGACGGAGAAAAGCCCCAUUGCUUGGGGUGUUUCAGACUAGGUCCAAAGGCCUGGGAAUAGCGCAUGGGGACAAUCCCAAGCUGGACAAGCCAGGAUUCUCUGCCUCCCAGUUUGCAGGAGGUGCUGAUAGGAGCUGGUUGGAAAUACAGCUUCUCUGGGAAUGCCAGAGCCCCACGGCCAAAGCCAGCGCCCGCCAAAGGCUGGCAAGGGGAAGAGAAUACGCCUGGAACCCAGGAAUUCUGGGGAGGGUCCUGCUGGCUCCUGGUGCCCAGCCAUGCACCCAUACAGGACUGGGAAUGCUGCUGGCUAGGUCAGUUACAGCUCUGCACCAUGGAUUGGCAGCCAGAUGAACAGGGACUACAGCAAGUGCUGCAGUUACUCAAAGAUUCCCAGUCUCCUAACACGGCCACGCAGCGUGUUGUCCAAGAUAAACUGAAGCAACUGAACCAAUUCCCCGACUUCAAUAACUACCUGAUAUUUGUCUUGACACGGCUGAAAUCGGAAGACGAACCGACUCGCUCGCUCAGCGGGCUGAUCCUGAAGAACAACGUGAAGGCGCACUACCAGAGCUUCCCCCAGCCCGUGGCGGAGUUCAUCAAACAGGAAUGUCUGAACAACAUUGGCGACGCUUCCUCUCUUAUCCGCGCCACUAUCGGGAUUCUCAUUACCACCAUAGCUUCCAAGGGGGAGCUUCAGAUGUGGCCGGAGCUCCUGCCGCAGCUAUGCAACUUGCUGAACUCCGAAGACUACAACACGUGUGAGGGGGCCUUCGGUGCCUUGCAGAAGAUCUGUGAGGAUUCUUCCGAACUCCUGGACAGCGAUGCUCUGAAUCGACCCCUGAACAUCAUGAUUCCCAAGUUCCUUCAGUUCUUCAAGCACUGCAGCCCCAAGAUCAGGUCCCAUGCCAUCGCCUGUGUGAAUCAGUUCAUCAUGGACCGAGCUCAGGCGCUGAUGGAUAACAUCGACACCUUCAUCGAGCACUUGUUCGCUCUGGCGGUGGACGAAGACCCCGAGGUUCGGAAGAACGUCUGCCGAGCGCUGGUGAUGCUGCUAGAGGUCCGGAUCGAUCGUCUGAUCCCUCACAUGCACAGUAUCAUUCAGUACAUGCUGCAGAGGACCCAGGACAACGACGAGAACGUGGCCUUGGAAGCCUGCGAGUUCUGGCUGACGCUAGCCGAGCAGCCCAUCUGCAAAGAGGUGCUGUCCUCUCAUCUAGUGCAAUUGAUUCCGAUCUUGGUGAAUGGAAUGAAAUACUCUGAAAUCGAUAUCAUAUUGCUAAAGGGGGAUGUGGAAGAGGACGAGGCCAUCCCAGACAGCGAGCAGGACAUCAAGCCCCGUUUCCACAAGUCGCGCACCGUCACGCUGCAGCACGAGGAGGACCGGACGCAGGAUGACGAGGACGGGGAGGAUGAGGACGACGACGACGACACGCUGUCGGACUGGAACCUGAGGAAGUGUUCGGCCGCGGCCCUGGACGUCCUGGCCAACGUGUUCCGCGAUGAGCUCCUCCCGCACCUCCUCCCGCUGCUCAAGGGGCUUCUCUUCCACCCCGAGUGGGUCAUCAAAGAGUCUGGCAUUCUAGUCCUGGGGGCCAUUGCUGAAGGCUGCAUGCAGGGCAUGGUGCCCUACCUCCCCGAGCUCAUCCCACACCUGAUCCAGUGUCUCUCGGACAAGAAGGCCCUGGUGCGGUCCAUCGCCUGCUGGACCCUCAGCCGCUACGCCCACUGGGUGGUGAGCCAGCCCCCCGACAUGCACCUCAAGCCGCUGAUGACGGAGCUGCUCAAACGCAUCCUCGACAGCAACAAGAGGGUGCAGGAGGCAGCCUGCAGCGCCUUUGCAACCCUGGAGGAGGAGGCUUGCACGGAGCUGGUCCCUUACCUCAGCUUCAUCCUGGACACCCUGGUGUUCGCCUUUGGGAAAUACCAGCACAAGAACUUGCUGAUCCUGUACGAUGCAAUUGGCACCCUCGCCGAUUCCGUGGGGCAUCACCUCAACCAACCGGAGUAUAUCCAGAAGCUGAUGCCCCCUCUGAUCCAGAAAUGGAAUGAACUGAAGGAUGAGGACAAGGAUCUCUUCCCUCUGUUAGAAUGCUUGUCGUCUGUAGCAACCGCUCUCCAGAGUGGCUUCCUUCCGUACUGUGAACCCGUCUACCAGCGCUGCGUGACGCUGGUGCAAAAAACGCUGGCGCAGGCUAUGAUGUACAAUCAGCAACCGGACCAGUAUGAGGCCCCCGACAAAGAUUUCAUGAUCGUGGCGCUGGAUCUGCUGAGCGGCUUGGCGGAGGGCUUAGGGUGCCACGUGGAGCAGCUGGUGGCCAGAAGCAACAUUAUGACGUUGCUCUUCCAGUGCAUGCAGGACACCAUGCCGGAGGUUCGGCAGAGCUCCUUCGCCCUCUUGGGAGACCUCACCAAAGCCUGCUUCAUGCACGUCAAGCCCUGUAUCGCUGAGUUCAUGCCCAUCCUGGGAACCAACCUGAACCCGGAGUUUAUCUCGGUGUGCAAUAACGCUACCUGGGCCAUUGGGGAGAUCUGCAUGCAGAUGGGGGCGGAAAUGCAGCCGUACGUCCAGAUGGUCCUGAACAACCUAGUGGAGAUUAUCAACCGGCCAAACACCCCUAAAACGCUGCUGGAGAACACAGCCAUCACCAUCGGACGCCUGGGUUACGUUUGCCCUCAAGAGGUCGCGCCGAUGCUACAACAGUUUAUCAGACCCUGGUGUACGUCUCUGCGGAACAUCCGUGAUAACGAGGAGAAGGACUCUGCCUUCCGCGGCAUCUGCAUGAUGAUCGGGGUGAACCCCGGCGGAGUCGUGCAGGACUUUAUUUUCUUCUGCGAUGCUGUUGCUUCGUGGGUGAGCCCGAAGGACGACCUGAGGGACAUGUUUUAUAAGAUUCUUCAUGGCUUCAAAGACCAAGUUGGCGAGGAGAACUGGCAGCAGUUCUCGGAGCAGUUCCCACCUCUGCUGAAGGAGAGGCUAGCUGCGUUCUACGGGGUCUAGGCAACGCAGAGAAACCGAACUAGGUUCCUGUAUGUGCUGGGAGGGUUACUGGGAACUCGUCCACAGGUGUUGCAGAGCCCUGUUAAUGGGGGGUUAGGGAGGAAGGGAGGAGCAUUGUGGGACAUAAAAAUGACUUCCCUCCCAUCUCCUGAAAUUUAAAGGGGGGGACCGCCGAGAUCAAUUCAAACAAGCAACCAGGGAAUCUCAGCGAUUGGGAAAAGGGGCUCUUUCCUCCUUUUUCAGAGGUCAUCUCUGGUAGAUGGGGAUGGGGUGGGGGUUGGCCGUGGGCCGAAAUAGGGGAGCGAUCUUAAACUGCAACACUUCCUGAGAAGGGGAUCUAACUAGGGCCAUAAUAGAAAAGGACUAGCUAAUAAUAAUAAUAAUUUAAAAAAAAAUCAUUUAAAGGCUAGGUUUUAAAAACAAAGAUAUGAAUAAAAAGCUAAAAUUGGAUAAAAAGUUCUAAUGGUUAAAAAUCUAGCUGUCGAGAACGGAAGGGUUAAACUAUAAUAAACACAAGGUUAUACUACUGUAUAAAUAUUACCAGUCACCGGUGUUUGAGAUCAGCUUUUCCUCACCUCUUCCAGACUGCAUGGUGACAGAAGUAGACUAGCAAUCCUGUGAGUAGCCCAUAAUUAAGUGUAAUCGUUUUUCAUCUAGAAACUUAAAACAGCAAGAAAAAAACCUUUUCUGAAAUAGUUUCCAUGGCAGUGUUUACUGGAUGCGAUGCAUAAAACUCCCCAACCAUAAGGAUCUCCUGAGCCGAGAUCCAGUCGAUUUCUAUUGUGAAGGGGGCCCUUGUAACACAUACUGUCAGAGAAGCAUGUUUUUUAUAAAAAAGAAAAAAAAUCAAACUACACAGUGCAGUGAAUUCUCUUAACCUGUCCUUCAGCUACAGCCAGAGGGAGGUGAAAGUGACACAGGUGGGAUUGUCAGUGAUGCGGUUGUAUCAUGCAGAGGCUGGACAUCCCAUCUUCACCUGGCUUAUAGCGCCACCUGAUCAGGGAGACAUGUACUGCACUCAGUCCCAAGUAACAUUACGGUUAAUUACGCUUUCUGUCUUAAUGGAGUUUAUGCCACAUCUGCCACUUCAGUUUACAAAAUAAAAGAGGGCAGUCAAGAUAGCGGAGCACAGAGGGGAUGGAAGUGUAGCUUUGUGUAGGCAACAGUCAGAUUUCUUUUUAAGACAAGUCCAUAAAUUCUGCUACAUGCUCAGCUGGAGUCUUGACAAAAGACUCCCAUGAAUUUUAGUCCCCCAUUUAUUUAAAAAAUAAAUCAGGGGUUGGUUAUGCGGAAAGCUUUUGACUUGGUGUAACCACAGCUUUUUAACUGUAAGUGAGGUAAUGUGCUGUGAAAGCAUCAUUUGACAGCCUGGGUGUUUUUUGACUUGCCACUAGUCAGAAGGAAGCUGUAUGGGGGAAAGAAACAGGAACGUGUAAUCCUUUAAAGGUGAAAGAAUAACGGAGUGGUGGUGGCGGGGGUACUGCCAGUUGUCGGGAAACGUCUGAGUCUGCUUGAUCUGUCUGUAAUCAGCUGAGCUGUGGGAUGAAGAGAAAUCAUUUCCCAAAGUGACACGCACCAAGAGAAAUUCCAGUUCUCCUGAGAUGAGACACAGCUUUGAUGCUGAUUUUCUCCAAGUGCAGGUUGGGAGAACUCUUCACCAACUCCUUCCUGGAUUCUUUUUUUUAAAAAAAACUGAAAGUCACUCGGGUGACAGCAGGACGAACCUGUGGUUGAACUGUGGAAAGUCUGACCCUUCUCGAGGCUGCAGCCGCACCUGUUGUAAAAGUACCUUGCAGUGAGGAACCCACCGUCUCCUUUUGGCUGGCAGUGUCAUGCAGGGUGUGGGGAACCAAUUUACUAAAGCAGCAGUUGGUCACUCUAGGAUCAGUCAUGCUGCACCUGUCUAUUGAAAGCAUUUGUUUGUGGGAUCACUCAGUAACUUAAGCUUCACUGAUCCUUUCCCUUCAUCCACCCUGGUUAUUUUUCAGCACUUCCUUUCCCUCCUUUUUCUAUAUAUAUAUAUUUUUUAAAGCGUUCUUUUAACGCCCUCCAAGUUUUUGCACUGGAGUUCACCGGUGCAAUAGGCCUUCACACCACAAAAUUUUGAGCAUAACAGCCUGGCUGGCUUAGUGUCCACUGUUGUUUUCAGUGGCUGGCAUAGCCCCAAGCCUUGCUCCCACCCAUCUCUCCCGCUGAAGAUCUUGAGGGGUGGGGAGAGAGGGCUGAAUGCUGCUUGAGUAAGUGCAUCUCUACCUUAGAGGAAGGAAGGGAUGGGGAACGAAAGAGAUGCAUUCCUUCACUUCAGCCUCCUUUUUUAUUUUUUAUUGGUAUAAGACUUGAGCAGGUCUCUGGGAAACUAUCAGAUGUUUUUCUCUUUUGCAUUUUGAUGCUUUAUUUUAAAGCAUUUCCUUUCCCUCCAUUCCUCCAGAGAGGGAUGAAACCUGGAUUUCCAUUAGAGCAGGGGUCUGGUGUGACUUUUUUUUUUUUUUAAUGCAUGAACAAGAACUGUAUUGUAAAGUAAAGUGGCAACCCAGCUUGCUCUAUACAUAUAUCUAACAAUAUUUUUUAAAAAAAAGUGUUUUAAGUUCCCAAAGCUUAGGCCGAUAAAAGAAGGCUGUGAACUCUUUCUCGGACAGUGAAGUUUCAGCUACUUGACCUGGCUGCCUCUUGAAAUGGAUUUUUUUUUUUUUUUUUGUAUAAGUGCUUCUAGUUUCUGCCUCCUGUUUGUUAACCCUGGAUUUGUAUAUUUGUAAAUGUGCUGUACUGUUUCCUAUGGUGACAGUGUACCUAGUGUUGAAGCCGCUGCUUGCACCUUGCUGAAAUGAGAUUUUUCUCAUUUUAUGUAUAAUUUUGUCAACUAAAAAAAAACCAAGCAAAUUUCACGUGA